AUGGUAGACCCCGUGCAGCCGCUCGUUGAACGCGGAGCAAGCCCCUCGCACAGCAGCCAAACCAUCAGUCAGCGAUCAAGCUUCGCAGACAAUCUUCGUCACUCCCCCCGGUCACAGAGACGCCCGUCAUUCCCCCAGUCCGCAGUGCAAGAACUUCUCAACCACCCGCCGCUGGCGAGGGCCGCGGACCCGAGAUUUGCGGGCAGGGAAUGGCGACAGAUUCGUGUCGGAGAGCUCGUGGACAAGGAAGAAGUUAGAUGGGCUCGGCUGGAUACUGGGGUCGAGCAAGCUACAAAGCUUUUGAUCGAGCAGGGACCUCCAAACGUUAUCCUGCUGCGCGAAUCACCGAGCAGCGUAAACGCAUGCGGCACCUUCGAUUAUAGCGACCUCAAUGCCUAUCUACUAGUUGUAGUAGGCCUAGCCAACCCUGAAGGUGAACAAGUAGCUGUGUUCGAUGCUCUGGCCAAGAAAGCUCGGGAGGGUGUCGAAAUACCAUUGCAGGAGAUACAAGGUCUGGCCAAGAAAGGCCCGUUGGUGACUUUGUCUGAAUCGGAAGACCUUUCCAAGGCCAUCGAGCAUUUCGCCUGUGGAACACACCGUAUACUUAUUACCAAAGAUGACUCUACGGAGGUGGUAGGGAUUCUGAGCCAGUUGAAGCUGGUGAAAUUUCUCUGGGAUAAUGGCACCAGCUUCCCUGCCAUCAACGCUCUCUACCCGAAGAUUCUGAGAGACUUGGAGGUCGGAACACCUCAGACUAUUGCUAUCAAUGGCGACCGAGUUCUGACGGAUGCACUUCAGUUGAUGAAUGAAGAAGGUCUUACAAGUAUCGCAGUAGUGGACAGUGCAUUCAAUGUUGUUGGAAACAUCUCCGCAGUAGAUGUCAAGCUUCUGACCAACAGCUCAAGCUUGCCCCUAUUGAAGUCUAGUUGUAUCCACUUCAUUUCGGUCAUUCUCAGCGAAAGAGGAAUUGGUGACGGAAAAGAUUCAUUCCCAGUCUUCCACGUCACCCCUUUUUCAACCCUGGCACACACAGUCGCCAAGCUCGUCGCAACUCGUUCGCACCGAAUGUGGAUCGUCGAGGCAGCCUCCCCGUCUCCUGGCGCUACACCUCUGCCAAACCCUUCAAAUUCAACCUCCCCUAUGUCCAGCGCAAUUCUCUCAUCCCCUGCGGUGUCCGGCCCGGCAUCCCCAAAUCUUUCAACCUCAUUCCCGGCAGUCUCAGCCGCUGCUUUACCUAGCGCCCGUAUAUCAGGUCGUCUCACUGGCGUCAUCUCUCUAACCGAUAUCCUAAACCUGUUCGCUCGUCAAUCUGGUCUGAAUCCACUAAGUCCCAACGAGCAGAGAGCACACAGAAGACGAAGCUCAAGCAGCAUGAUAAAGGACGACGGGAGUCAUGUUUUCAAUGGAUAUUUUGCUUCGACGGCUAUUUCGGCAGGCUGGAUGGAAUUAUGGGGAAUGAUCGGAGUUGCGGAUGAAGAGAGCAGGGCUAAGAUGACUAGCAGACUUACAACGGUUACUAUAACGGCAUGA